CUUUAAGAUUCUAAGGGUUCCACACUUUAGCUUAACCCUACUAGUUAAAUGGCCUCUUCUGGCCUAACCUAGCAAAACUAACCACCAUGAAGAACAUCAGCAGGAGGGGAAAAUUUAUCCAGCAGGGCCCAGAGCCAGUUCCCUGCAGGAGCGGAUGGACAGCUGUCCACCUGGGAUGCAAGGAGUAAAAGAGGAGGUGGAGCUGAAAUUUGUAAAUGCAAUGGAAUUACAGGGUGGAAAGCACAAAGACCAAGUGAGGCCUCAAAAAGAGAGGCCUAGGACUUGUCCUGUGGAAGUGUCCAUUAUGAGUUCUGAGCAGCAUGACGAACCAAAGGCAAACAGGAUGAAGACAGAGACUGAGUCGGUGGACUCUGAGGCUGAAGGCCAGUAAGGACUGAAAGAUGUGUUGCAAACCUAUUGUGGGACAGCGUGUGGAAGAGUGACCAGUCUUCCUUGAAGAGCCUGUUAACGCUUCUGAAGGAGACCCAACAUGUGCAGCACCAGUGUGUACGACCUGGAAGAUAUCCCCCUGGAAGACGAUGAUCCGAACAGCAUAGAGUUCAAAAUCCUGGCCUUCUAUGCCAGACACCAUGUCUUCAAGAGCACCCCGGCUGUCUUCUCCCCCAAGCUCUCCAGGACCAGAAGUUUGUCCCAGAAAGCACUGGGGACUUGGUCAACUGACUCCUGGACACAGAUAUCGUUGCCCUGUAGAGAUUCCCUCUCCAGUGAAAAGCACAUAAGCUUGGGCAAGAAGAAGUCUUCUUGGAGAACACUCUUCAGAGUAACAGAGAAGGAGGAAGAGCCGCCGAGCUCCCCAAAGGAGAUCCAUGCUCAGGGCCCCUUCCCGGUAGAGCGGCAGGGUAGGAACCAGCACUGGUCCAGAUCCCUGUCCAGCGUGGAGCAGUGCCUGGAGAGUGAAGCUGUGGAUUCCAAAGUUGCCUGUAUUGCUAACAGAGUGGCUGAAAUAGUUUACUCCUGGCCACCACCAGAUGACAGCCAGAGCCAGGGAGGAGGCAAGUUCAAAGAGAGUGUCCCAAAGAUUCUGCACUUUGAAUUGCAAGGCCCUCAACUGAGACCCUGCGACUCGAAGAAAGAUGGAGAAGACCAAAUAAUAAACAGGAUUGUUGAACUGCUGAAAUACUCGGGGGAUCAGUUGGGAAGAGAGAUAAAGAGAGACAAGGCUUUGGUGAGCAUCUUCCAGGAAGGGCUGUCCUACUCGGUGUUCAGGACCAUCACAGACCUGUUCCUGAGGGACGUGGACACCAGAGGAGAGUCAGAGAUCAAAGCUCAGGGCUUCAAGGCUGCCCUUGCAAUAGAUGCCAUAGCCAAGCUCACCGCCAUCGACAACCACCCAAUGAACAGGAUGCUGGGCUUUGGGACCAAGUACCUAAGAGAGUACUUCUCCCCCUGGGUCCAGCAGAACGGUGGAUGGGAAAAAAUACUUGGGCUAUCACAUGAAGAAGUAGACUGAAAUAGCCAAAGACCUGUCGUCUGGAAUGUUCCUUGUGCAACAGCGGUCCCUGUGCCCACUGCUCUCAAUAUAGACUUCAGGAGAAAAUCAGAACGGACACAGCAGAUGGAGCCCAAAAUGUCUAGAACCAUCCUUCCUUUGACUCAAGAGGCAUCCGGAGAGGCCUCGCUCUCUCAGCUCAUAGAACUCAUUAGCAUGGCCUUUGCUGAGGGUAUUCCAGUCCUGUGCUGAAUGUGACAGAGUCCAUAAAGAUGAGUGAUCAUUUUACCUUUAAACGUUCAGAACAGAAACCACCCUGUUAGCUACACUGGAGGAAGCGUCUGGCAUGGAUCUGUUGGUCUCAUGGAGGUAAAACGAUAAACUGUGUGCUUAC